CCAAGAUCGCGAGCGAACGUCGCCGCCGCUGCCACCCGCACCGCCAUCGGCCGCUCCAUGCGACCGCCCACCAUGGCUCGUAACGAGGAGAAGGCGCAGUCCUUGCUCAACCGCUUCACCACGAUGAAGCAGGAGGAGAAGCGCAAGCCCCGCGAGCGCCGGCCGUACCUCGCCUCCGAGUGCCGGGACCUCGCCGACGCCGACCGCUGGCAUGGCGAGAUCCUGCGCGAGAUCGGCGCCAAGUUGGCGGAGAUCCAGAACGAGGGCCUCGGGGAGCACCGCCUCCGAGACCUCAACGACGAGAUCAACAAGCUCCUCCGCGAGCGCAGCCACUGGGAGCGCCGCAUCCUCGAGCUCGGAGGCCGCGACUACUCUCGGAGCUCCAACGCCGCCCUGAUGACCGACCUCGACGGCAACAUCGUCGCCAUCCCCAACCCCUCGGGCCGUGGACCGGGCUACCGCUACUUUGGCGCUGCCAAGAAGCUCCCCGGCGUCCGCGAGCUAUUUGACAAGCCACCUGAGGUCCGCAAGCGGGGCACCCGCUACGGGGUCCACAAGCGCAUCAAUGCCGGCUACUGCGGAUACUAUUACUAUGACGACGAGGACGGUGCGCUUGAACCCCACGAGGCUGCUGCUGAGAAGCGCAUGCGGCACGAACUUGUCACGGAGUGGCACCGUGUGGAGCAGGAGGCCAUGAAGAAUGUGGCGAGUGGCUGCAAGUGAUGCCCUGCAAGGCGAGCAGAUAGAGAGAGGCCAAGGAGAUAUGCUCAACGUGCAACGCUAGGACUAGCUAGGAGAUAGACGUACGCACGUUCUUGUUUAUCUUGGCUCUAGUACAUAGAUAGAUUGC